AGUCUUCGGAGCCUGAAAGAGUGAAGGGGGGGGGGGCACAGCAUGUCUUUCAAGAGGGAGGGAGACGACCCCAGCCAGCUCAAUGUGCUCAAGAAAAGAAGAGUUGCUGACCUCUUGGCCAAUUACAUCGCCGAAGAUGAAGCUUUGCUGCUGAGAGAUGGCAGAUAUGCCUGCACUGUCUGCUUCCACCGUCCAGUUUUUGACACUCUUGACAUGCUCACGGUCCACCGUUCUGGAAAGAAGCACCUGAUCAGUUUGCAGAAGUUCUAUGGGAAGAAGCGUUCACUCGAGAGUGAGAUCCAGAAACGCCACCACCGGGCAUACCUCCGAGCAGAAGAAACUGGUGCCCAGGCGAGUCCAGGCCCUGCACCUUUGCUUGUGGAGACCAGGAAGAUCGCCCACAAUGCUUUGCUGAAAAACGUCCCUUAUAGCAGCUGCUGCCGGCGCAACAGGGUGGCAGGAAGUGACAUUGGCCCCAGUACCUCAAGGACAGAUGCAAGCUCCAGAGAGUCAGAAGAAAAUGAGCUGUCAAAACCCAAGAACUCCGUGCAUGCAGAAGAACAUAGACUUGCUUUGCCAGAAGCCACUGUUGCUGUGGAUUUGCCUGGGUGCGCAACUUCCACGUCAGAAUCGGCGAAAAGAUCUGCUGCUCUGGGGAAGGAGCGUAGCCGCAAAAGGAAAGUGCCUCACGGUGCGGCACCGCAUUCUGCCACUGGUGAUGUUACCCCGGAGAAGCGCCGGGCUUUGGAACACUAUCUGAGGCUGAAAAGUUCCGGUUGGGUCCAAGAUGGUUCUGGCAAGUGGGUAAAAGACGAGAAUGUGGAAUUUGACUCUGACGAAGAGGAACCUCCUGCACUGACUCCAUCUUGACAACAUUGCUGCUUACUUUCUGAGGGGGGACCUUUGGAAAUGUGCUGUUAGUUGGACAUUCAGGGACCACUCCUUCAAGAGCAAAAAUUU